AUACAAAAAUAAAUAAUAAUUCAUCUACGACUUACCAGGUUGCAUGGUCUACGACCUUUGCCUUUCCUGAAGGGGACAAAAAAAUUGCUAAUGUCAAAUGACGUCACGUCAUCCACUUGCGUUCUCAUUAUUUUUAUUUCGCAAUUUCCAGAAUAUUAAUUAAAUAGCCCUUAUUUUGUUUAAUUUUUCACACAAAGAUUACAUAUCAAGCGCAGGGGAAUGGACAACCAGUACUACUACAAGUUGAUGGCAAGUUACCUGUCCAAACGGAACUGCGACGAGUCAUUCAUGAGGUAUUUUUUUGGGAAGAAUGCAACAAAGAAAACGGCCGAAGAGCUGGAGAGGGCCGACGAGCGGAAACGGAGGCUGCAACGGGAGAGAUCGCGGAGGUACAGGGCUCUGAAGAACGCGAGGAGGCAGCACGACGGGUCGCGGGACGGCGCGGACGGCGAUGCGGCGCGCGGCAAGUGCGCCGCGGACGAGGCGCCCAGCGACGCCGACGAGCCGCCCACGCUGUGCCACCUGCGCUACGACGACGACUGGCGCGAGGCGGGCUCCUCCGACUGCGCCUCGGACGACAACUCGGCGCACGCGCCCGACGACAAGCGCGUGCCGCCGCCGCGCGACCUGCAGGCGUUCCUGAGCGCGCCCAACGCGGAGCUGGACUACCCCACCGUGCACAGCCUCAUGUUCCACUGGCUGCAGACGUAGCACCGCGCCGCGCCCUGCCUCCCCCGCCUCCCCUACCACCCCUACCACACACUAACUAGGUAUAUUCUCACUUGUUGACAGCUCCUUGUUGUAAUACAUCUGCCCAAGCACCAAACUUGCCCUUAUCUCAUUGAGAUCCUUGCUAUGGUGUUGUGGAAAUGUAAUUGCAUUGUUUUAGCGCAAAUAGCACAAGUAUUUGCAUUUUAACUUUAUUAUUACUGGUUCUUCUCUGUAGAAUCUGAAAAAUCUAAAAUCAACAUAUCAUAACAGCCAGUCUACAUGAAUUAAAUAUUUUUGAUGACACUGAUGAGUUUGGUGCUUUGGCAGAGUUGGUUCACAGGCAAAAUUGUCAAUGUAAUUCACAUAUCGAGGUGUAAGAUUUCAGCUUGUGUAGGUGUGUGUGUCACACGUGAUAUCAGUGCAGAGAACCGUCCUGUUCUAGGCUAGGGAAUAGUUUACGUAAUAUCUUAUUGUUACAGGCUCCUUGUGAUUAGUAGAGUGAUGGCCAAAUACUGUGGUAACUGAUACAUGUUGUUUGUGUGAUUCUUAAAGUUUAUAAACAACGGAGCAAAUGUUUUGAUAGUUAUCACUGUUUGACACAAGUUACUAUUUUAGAAUUGGCUUAGACCUACAUAGCCUCACUUUGAAAGUAAAUAGUUAGUAUCAGAAAUGCCAGCAGUGUGGAUAACUGCUUAUGAUACAGCCAGCUUGUCACUCGCGCUUUGCCAGUGCGCAGAUAGAGAGCCCACUCAACCUAGUUGAUAAAUAUUCCAUUAGACAAUAAGUUGUUAAGUUGCCAUAUCCUAAUAUUUAGAUACUCGAUGAUAUAUAUGCAUAAAGAAGUAUAGAGUAUAUGUAUACCUAUAGUUUGUGAUAUAUGAUGAAUUUACAUUUGUGGGAAAUGUACAACAUUAGCUGUACUAAUGUAGGGUUGAAGUAGUGUAAGGACCAGGGUACUGCAGCGGGCCCUGCAUGUUGCUUGUGCCACUGCAUUUGAAUGAAAUUCACUGCCUAUGCAUUAUUUUGGUACAUUCCUUGGUUUUCAACAAUUGCUAAAUACAUAAGUAAUAAUUAUUAUUAUUUGCUAUUUCUUCAUUCUACAAAAAAAAUACAACUUUCUUGGUUUGCAUUUAUAUUCUUGAUAGUUAACUUUUAGGGUUAAUAAUAAUUACUGAAAGAAAUAACAAUAGUAAAUUGGAAAAUACAUAUGUACAGACUUAAAUAUUUAAAUGGAAGAAAAGCCUAUUAUUUACAAAUCAACUUUGUCAAAUUGUGGAUCACAUUAUAAUUAUGUAAUAAAAUAUAAGUCCAAAUUUUCUCUAUACACAAUUUUACAAUCUCCAUCUUUUUUCUAUUUUCCAAUUCAAGAUGAGUAGGUAUCUGUAUAUUUGCUUAUAAUUUUACACACUUUUACUUGGUCAUUGUUGAAACUUUUAUUAGAACUUCAAUUAGGUAUUCCUAUUAUUUUCUAAGUUUCUAUAUGUUAUAUAUUGUCAUAGAGCUAUGUCCUACUCGUUUCAUAUUUAGGUAUAAUACUCAAAAUGUUAAUAAGCUCUCUUGUAACAAAUAAUUUUCCAAUAAGGCAUAUAAUUGAGAUUGAAAUUGAAUUGCGCCAUAAUAUUUUAAUUAAACAUUAGGUAUCGCCUUAAAAGGUGGUCUUAGACAAUAUCACUAUGUUUAGAACAUAGACUUAAUAAUAUUAUAAUAAUAUGUAUGCUUUGAUAUACUUAUGAGUUACAUUUAAGUUAGUUUAAGAAUCUCUUUGUAAGAUCUCGACUAUUCAGUUGUUAAAUUCUCUGUUUGUAUUUUGCAAGAAGUAUGAAAUUGUUUUUUAAAAAUUGUUAAAUACAGGUUGUGAUUUUGGGAGCAAAUAAUUAGGCAAAGACUAAUAAGAGCUGAUGUUGUAGUCUGUUGCAUAUUGUGUGAUAAGCUCGUGCUUGAUGACAAUGUCUUAGAGAAAGCAAAUUGAGUAAGGCGUUACAUUCAUUUAAAUGUUAAAGGUCUCAUAGAGAUUUUGAAGCAAAGCAUCUAUAAGAAAAAGUAAAUGACUCAGCAGCUUGAUAGAUUCAGUUGAAGCUUGGUCUCCCAUCAUCUCACCCUGUGUGACGCGUUUAGCGGGUGUGUGAAAGAGACAGGUACAUCACCAUUUACCACCUGUUACAUAUCCAAUACCAGCUAUAUUGUAUGAGUUAGAUGUAAGAGCUCUCGCAAACUACUGGCUUUGUGGACUGAUUGGGGGAUUGGAAUUUGAUUGUAUAGGGACCGGGCCAGUUAGUUCCAAUUAAAGUUCAUCAAAUAAACCUUUGAAGGGCUAUUUUUAUAGUUUCAAGCUAUGGUGAGUCAAAAAGUUAGAAUUUUGCGAGAGCCCUAAUAGUGUAAGUACAUUUUAUACAACGUAGGUGGCGCUAAUAGUGUGUAAGAAGGUAUAAUGAAUACUCCCAUGUUACUGGUGCUUCACUAGUUAGUAAUGUAAGCCUAUCGUGUCGUGUGUCGUGUGUAUAGCUGCGAUACACAAGCUGUGGCGCGCGCCACGAAUGUUGGCGGCCAUUGCGAAGGCUCUAACUUUAAAAGAAAUAUAUAAUUAGCUAUUUUUCAUUUUAUCAUAAUAAUUAUUAUAGUAGUUUGGUCAAAAAUGAUGAACGUUAUUCUCAUUGUUUUGAUUUUGCAGACUUUAAAUAAAAAUUAUUCCUAUUGUUGUUCACAAGAGCCUAUAGUAGUGGCACGUAGCGCCCCAGGAGUCCAGGCUGCGAGGGCGCCCCGAGCUGGCUGGGAAGGCACCUCGGGGACCUCUGGCUGGCUGGAGUUGGCUGCCAGCAUACGCCGGCUCGGAACGUCACAUAUUUAGACUUAGGUACUGUAAGGUAGUGCCAUAUUAAAGAGCUUCCUAUUUUUA